AUGGCGACCGCGCAAAUGACCGGCCCUCGGUCGGCUCGACUGGCUGAUGAUGUGCAGCCGCGACGCAAGGCGUCUGUUCGCGAAAAGACCACAUCUGAUACUCAUAAUCAAGGAGCAAAGGGCGCCUCAACACUAAGUGCUGCAUCAGCUGGAGCUGCAAUUGCUCACGCGAAUCGGAGACCGGUAGAAAUUUGGCGCCCGGGUCGACUGACCGAGGCCGAGACAGCCGCCCUAUGUGUCAAGGACUUUAAGGCUCCGGAGACCCCCAAACCUAGUACCCAAUACAGCGCCGAGGGACUGGGUGCCGCCAUUCUUGCCGUUCGAGAGCAAAGGAACUCAAACCUGUCGCCGACUCGCGAACAACAGAACAAAGAAUAUUCCCGCGAUGUGCAGGACAAAGCCUUGCGGGCCGCGACAGGAGCAUAUGCCACAGGACGGAAGCGAGCUGAUUCGGCCCCAAGUGAACCGGUCAUUGCAUCUGACUCUCCAUACGCAUUGUCAGCCGCGGGCGCAACGCAUAGUAGAUAUAAAACCGAAGAGGAGGAACCACUCGAUCACUUGGACAGUGCAAUGGAAGCGAGUCGAAUCCGCCACCUCGCCAACACUAACGCCAAACUCUAUACCUCGUCUCCGCCCAUCUCGAGCGAAGUGCAGGAGCGGAAUCGAAAAAAUUCCUUGCAUGCAGCAGCCAUUUCGAUGGCCAGGGAUAUGUAUGAUCCUAACAACCCCAAGGUUCCAGUUCGAUCGAAGACUGUGAGUGGAAUAGAAGGAUCCCCGGCGCGGCGCGCGAUGACCCUUCAGGAAGCUGCUCAGAAACGGGCAGCAGAGAAACUAGCCCUCAUGCACAACGAACAGGCUGAAUUCCAGAACUAUUAUGGGACCACCCCUCAACCUGCACGGUCUCGCCUAACUACUCGUCGAAAGAGAACUGCUAGUGAUGCCGAUUCAACCCAAAUGGAUGCUGAGCAGUCUAAAUAUAUCCGAAACCAAAUGAGGAGUCUGCGCACAAAGGUUGAUCAUGUGGACGAGAAGAGAACUAGGGACCGAGCGUUGCUCAUGGAAGCCGCACGACGCAAUGUCGAUGCCACUCUUCUCGAGAUGGAAACGAAAAUGUAUGCCGAUACAGGUCGAGCGCCACCAUCUCUUCAGAAAGAAUGGGAUGAGGUUGCCCACGAACGUGUUCGUCGGGAGGCCGAAGCUGCAGAAGCAAAUUCCGCUCGGGGAAACCGUGUCAACAUUGGAUCACAGCAAUACAUGGACAUGGCUGAUGUGGAGGCAGUUGCGCGCUCCCGCCUGCAGCCAACGUUGGAUGAGAUUACCGAGAAUGCGGAACAGCAGAGAGCCAAAGAGCUGGAGGAGCGCCUUGAUGCCGAGGAGCAACAAAGACAUGCAGCAAUAGAAAGGGAGCGCGAGGCUAGCUUGUCUAGAGUAGUAGACUCGCGUAACAAGAGUUCUGACAAGGAGAAGCGCAAUAGCAAGGUCAUGAGCUUCCUUUGGAGAAUGAAGAGCAAACGGGCACGCGUCGAGAAGAAUCCAUCCGAGGAGGCUGUGGAAACCACGAAGCAGGAAGAAUCAAACGAAGAGGCGGUAGCUCAAGAUGAGGCUGAAGCUGCGCCAGAGGCCAUCGCAACGGCUACCGGUGCCGUACUGACAGAUGCAACUAAGGAAGGACCUGAAGAAGAGCCUGAAAAAGAACUUGAACAUGAACCUGUGCAAGAGCCCACGCCAGAACCUACACCAGAGCCCGUGGAAGAACCCGUGCAAGAACUUGAACGAAAGCCCGAAGAAGAGCCCGCCGCAAUUCAAGCACCCGAAGCGCCUGAACCAGCUGGUGCGACAACUCUUGUGACUGCUGCUCACGUUGGAGCCCCAGUCUCCAUUACCGAGCCUACCGAGUAUGCUGGACGUCCCACUAUGGUGGGGCGAGCCCACACUACGCCACGAGAUGCCGCGGCAGUUGGAGCUGGCCCAGCACCGAUGCACGUUAUCCGACCCAUUACAAGCCCUCGAGCCGACUCAAAGCUGAGAAACUGGUUCCGUGAUCAAUUGGUCCGUCGUUCAAGUGGGCCCGUGCGUGUUUACCCCCACCAGCCUGGUCCGGAUUUCAAUAGCCACAGUGAUGUUGGAUUUUCGGGAGGUGCUUCCCUAGCUGCUCGACCUGAAUCGCGCGGGGCGGCUCUUAGUUCUCACCCUUUCACCGGAGACGACCUUGAUCAGGGUGAACCCGCUCGCAAUGGCAGCCUUGAUGUAGGCAAGGGGACGGCAUUCAGCGACAGCUCAGCUGGAAGCGAGCCUGCCACUAAUGGUCAAGCGAAAAGUAAGAGAGAGCGCUUCAGAAAGACCUUCUUCAUGGGGAUUGCACGCAAUGAUCUAAAGACCAAUGGAUCGGGGGCGGUUCCUGAAACGAAGGUUCAUGGCACAGAUAUCCGAGGCUUGAGGAAUAGUGCCACAGAUCAGGGCCUUCCAAUUCCGCCUAUUCUUGGCGAGACUUCCAGCGCCUACCGCGAGUCUAGAUUCUCUGAAGACCUGUCAUGA